GCCGGCAGCGGCGCAGGCAGUGGCGACCACAGCAGCUCCGCCGGCAGCAGGGGCAGAGGCGCCCACGCCAGCGGCAGGAAGAAAAAGCUUGAAACAUCAGCAUAUAAAGACUGCGAAGACAAUCCCAGUAGCAAUUGUGAAUGGUAUCACAGCUGCUAGACACCUUCUGCCGAGCAUCUGAAAUGAACCUCUCUCAUUGAUUAUUUUUAUUGGCCAAGAGCCAGAAGUACUGGAUUCAGUUGACUUCAGGCUAAAAAGAAAACAGUCUUGGUUGUCGUCACUAACAUAUGAACCAGUGUGAUGGUGAAAUGAGAUGAGGCUCCGAAUGGAACUGUAGCCACUGCUUUAGCAUUUAUCACCUCCUUCCUUACUUUAUCCUGGUAUACUACAUGGCAAAAUGGCAAAGAAAAACUCAUUGCUUAUCAACGAGAAUUCCUUGCUUUAAAAGAACGUCUUCGAAUAGCUGAACACAGAAUCUCCCAGCGCUCUUCUGAAUUGAGCACCAUCGUCCAGCAGUUCCGACGUGUAGAAGCAGAAGCAAAUGGAAGUAGGGACUCACUGAAUAAAUUUUCAGAUAAUACCUUAAAGCUACUAAAGGAGUUAGCAAGUAAAAAAUCCCUUCAAGUGCCAAGUAUUUAUUAUCAUUUGCCUCAUUUAUUGCAAAAUGAAGGAAGCCUUCAACCUGCUGUGCAGAUUGGAAACGGAAGGAAAGGAGUUUCAAUAGUAAUGGGAAUUCCCACAGUGAAGAGAGAAGUUAAAUCUUACCUCAUAGAAACUCUUCAUUCCCUAAUUGAUAACCUGUAUCCUGAAGAGAAGUUGGACUGUGUUAUAGUAGUCUUCAUAGGAGAGACAGAUAUUGAUUAUGUACAUGGUGUUAUAGCCAACCUGGAGAAAGAAUUCUCUAAAGAAAUCAGUUCUGGUUUGGUGGAAGUAGUGUCACCUCCCGAAAGCUAUUACCCUGAUUUGACAAACCUGAAGGAGACAUUUGGAGACUCUAAAGAAAGAGUAAGAUGGAGGACAAAGCAAAACCUAGAUUAUUGUUUUCUAAUGAUGUAUGCUCAGGAAAAGGGCACAUACUACAUUCAGCUUGAAGAUGAUAUUAUUGUCAAACAGAAUUAUUUUAAUACUAUAAAAAAUUUUGCACUUCAACUCUCUUCUGAAGAAUGGAUGAUUCUAGAGUUUUCCCAACUGGGCUUCAUUGGUAAAAUGUUUCAAGCGCCAGACCUCACUCUGAUCGUAGAAUUCAUAUUUAUGUUCUAUAAAGAGAAACCCAUUGACUGGCUCUUGGAUCACAUUCUCUGGGUGAAAGUCUGCAACCCUGAAAAAGAUGCAAAACAUUGUGACAGACAGAAAGCAAAUCUGCGAAUUCGCUUCAGACCUUCCCUUUUCCAACACGUUGGUCUACAUUCGUCACUAUCGGGAAAAAUUCAAAAACUCACGGACAAAGAUUACAUGAAACCAUUACUUCUCAAAAUCCAUGUAAACCCACCUGCAGAGGUAUCUACUUCCUUGAAGGUUUACCAGGGACACACUCUGGAGAAAACUUACAUGGGAGAAGAUUUCUUCUGGGCUAUCACCCCAACAGCUGGAGACUACAUCUUGUUUAAAUUUGACAAGCCAGUCCAUGUAGAAAGUUAUUUGUUCCAUAGUGGCAACCAAGAACAUCCAGGAGACAUUCUGCUAAAUACAACUGUGGAAGUUUUGCCUUUUAAGAGUGAAGGCUUGGAGAUAAGCAAAGAAACCAAAGAGAAACGAUUACAAGAUGGCUAUUUCAGGAUAGGAAAAUUUGAGAAUGGUGUUGCAGAAGGAAUGGUGGAUCCUAGACUAAAUCCUAUUUCAGCCUUUCGACUUUCGGUUAUUCAGAAUUCUGCUGUGUGGGCCAUUCUUAAUGAGAUUCAUAUUAAAAAAAUCACCAAUUGAUCUUCUGAGAAACCAACACACUUUUUCCCUGUGAAUCUGCCAAUUAAAGCUAGUUAAAUAUGUUCCUUUUUUCUUUUUGAACUUGAACACUACCUCUUGUGAAAUCUACUGUUGAUAAGAUGAUUGUCAUUUCCACUUGGAAAGUGAAUCUCCCAAGGAUAAUUAUAUUCAUUUGAAACUAAGCUGUCCUCCAGUUUUAACUUGACACAGACAUUUUGCAGUUAUGACAGCCUGUUAAUAUAACUUGUACUAUUUUGGUAUUAUACUAAUACAUAAGAGUUGUACAUAUUGUUACAUUCCUUAAAUUUGAGAAAACUAAUGUUAAAUACAUUUUAUGAAGGGGGUACUUUUGAAGUUCAUUUAUUUUACUAUUAUAGACCCUCUUUUAUAGAUUAUCAGGGAUUAUAUAUAUAAAUAUAUAAAUAUAUAAAUACACAUAAAAUGUUAUGGAGUUAAUUUAUUAGAAACACUUAAGAAGUACAUAUUUU